AUGAGCGACUUGAAGUUCUGUACCGUGUGUGCGAUGAACAAUAACCGUUCAAUGGAAUCGCAUAAAGUGCUAAUGGACGCCGGCUUCAACGUUUCCUCCUGUGGUACUGGAUCCAUGGUACGACUCCCUGGCCCUUCCAUAGAUCGUCCUAAUGUGUAUCCGUUUGGAACUCCGUACGAAAAGAUUUAUAAGGAGCUGAUGUCACAGGACUCGAAGCUGUAUAGAGCCAAUGGUCUUGCGAGAAUGUUGGAACGUAACCAAAAGAUCAAAUUGGCACCUCAGAAAUGGCACGAAGGACGCGACGUGUUCGAUUUCGUGUUCACGUGCGAGGAGAGAUGCUUUGACUCGGUGUGUGAAGAUCUGCUACACCGUGGUGGGAACUUGAACAAGAUUGUUCAUGUUAUCAAUGUUGACAUCAAGGACGACGACGAGAAUGCCAAAAUUGGUGGUCAAGGUAUACUACAGUUGGCUACUAUGCUGACAGAUGCAUGCCAGAAGGGUAAGACACACGAAGAUAGUGUGCCCUUUGAGGAUAAAAUCAUGGAUAUCCUCACUGAAUGGCAAGAGAAGCAUCCCACUCUACCGUUGCUGUACGCACCAGCCUACUAUUAG